AUGAUCCAUGCUGGCACUACAUCGACACUGAGUCGGAAAGCACAUGACGUACUUGUGACAGAUCAUGGAGGUCUCGGUACAUGUUGCUGGGCACUGAGCACACAUCCCCCCCUCUUUCUCUCUCUCCCGUUUGGUUUUUUGGUGGUGCGUCAUGAUUUCACCCAUAAUGCGUCAAGACACAAAGCGUGUGUGAUUGCUGGAUUCAAGCGCAAUGCCGUAAGCAGGAUGACCGACGCACGUGUACACCACCACCACCAUCACUUCUGUUACUGUCGGCAAUGCCGAGGUCGACGUGUACCCCACGCGUCCUGCAAUGACGCAUUGGGGAAUGGAACUGACCGAGACCACGCGAUGGAGAGCCACUGA